AUGACAGUUCGGCCAGAGAGCGUCGAGGAAUGGUGCCACCUUGUGCCGCAUCUGCUCUCCGACAUGGGAUGGCAUUUGAUCGUACAGAGUCCCACAACUGAAAUGUCACACUGCAGCAGCCCUUGGGGCGGCAGCCUUUUAAAGCUUCUUGUUCGCGAUGUAAUGGUCAUGGAUCCUCCCGAGGAUCCAGCUGAGAUCCUGAUCCGCCCAGAGACCCGAGCAUGGAGUUGGCAAUCCCAGCCGGCUUUGAGCGGGGAAGCUUGUGAAGAGCUGAGCGUCAUUGCGCCUGGUGACUGUGUGCUUCAUUGGUGGGGAGAUUGGAAACUCGUGCAACUUUGCAACGUUAUGUUUGGCGUCCUGGACAAGGAGUCGACGUACUUGAACUUUGGUCGCCAGGUGGAAGUACGAGACCGUCUCCGGCGAAAUUUUCCGAUGAAAGGUGAUUGCACCGUGGCUCUGCACGACCAUCACCAAGCGUUUGACUAUCUGAUGCUUUGCCGUCCACAAAGUCAGGAAAGGUAUUACUCAGUGUACCUUGUCUUCGGGAUUACCACAGACAUGAAUCUUUGCAAAUGGGCAGCUCCACAUCUACGCCUGAUGUUGGACGUCGCAAGGUCCACCACUGCCUGGUACUUGAAUCGGGAGGGCCUGGAAGUGGAGCGAUGCAGGGAUCGGAAGCUCUAUUUGGUUCUCACCAUCACAAGCUUUCGGCGUGGCUACCCAUUGAUCCCGGCAGAUGCUUCCAAGGAUUCCAUAACAAUCGAUGCCGGCAAGGAGUAUGGGCUCGCUAAUUGGGUCCGCUACCACCCCUCAAUGGUUGGUAGCCGCCACUUCCAUCUGGCAGAUUACCUUCGCCUGUUCUUGGAGAGGCUUGGCGAUGGUGCACUGUUUUACCGGUCUCUGGAUGGACAAGAGCUGUUGCCAUACCAAUGUGUUGUGCGUCAGGUGGACUGGCAAAAAGUCCGCAAUCGUUUUCACGAGGCCUACAUGUUACAGAAAAAGGCAUACCGUCACGCCAAUGGUGGAACAACUACACCCAAAGUCUUUGAGGACAAUCCGCCAAGAUUCUACCAGGAAGAUUGCCAAGCCAGUCUUUCGCAGCGUGCCAAGGUGGCAUGCAGCGAGCUGGGAUUGACAGUGCGAAAUACCUUUGUCGAGUUGAAAGAGGGUGAUGGAGUUCGGGCCAGCAAGCGCUGGCGGACACUGCCUGCGGGCUUCCUAAUUUCAAGUCCUUAA